UUAGAAUUAUUUUUCCUGACAGGUGGACACAAUGAACUAUGUGGGGCAACUGGCGGGCCAGGUGCUGGUGACUGUAAAGGAACUGUACAAGGGGAUCAAUCAGGCCACUCUGUCAGGCUACAUCGAUGUGAUCGUGGUCCAACAGCCUGACGGCACGUUCCAGUGCUCACCUUUUCAUGUACGCUUUGGAAAAUUGGGUGUGCUGCAAUCCAGGGAAAAAGUAAUUGACAUUGAAAUUAAUGGGGAACCUGUGGAGCUGCACAUGAAGCUCGGAGAAAACGGAGAGGCCUUUUUUGUCCAGGAAACAGAACAGCACAACGCGAUUGUCCCUGCCCACCUGGUGACUUCUCCUAUCCCUUCAGAGGAGGCUCUGAUCAGGAGCAGAGAGUCCAGAUGUGGGGGAUCAGUGAUGGAGAACAGUCAGCCCCAGGACUCAGAAGCAUCCAGCAUCCAGGUGAAUGCCAACACAUCUGGUAAGAAGAAGAAGAGACGCAGGAGGAAGCACAAGGCCGAGGCUCGCAAAGAGGAACAAACCCCAGCAGCUGAUGGGGAGCAGGAAGUGUUUGAGCUCAGUUCAGAUGAAGAGCACAGCGCGCACAAUGGAAGAGCGUCUUCACUCUCCAUGAUUAAAGACGGCACAGACCACAAGCAGUAUGCCAUAUUCCCUACCCUGGAACGGGACAGCUACCCCUUCUCAGAUGGAGACUGGUCCCCCUCUGCUACCAGGGACUUGGCUAAGCUGAUGUCACCAAAGAGUGACUCCGAGCUGAUGGUGAAACCUUCGGAGAAUGCACUCAGGACAGAGUCGCACAUGCAGUGGUCCUGGGGAGAGUUUCCGGAAUCCACAAGGGUGAACAAAAAGGACAAAUCAGAGCAAAAGACGGUGACAAUCACUCCUUCAGAGAAAACACAUUUCCGGGUGAUUUUGAGCUCAGAAGGCACAGAAUUGGAGUUUAUGGAUAAAGAGCAAUCCACAGAUCCUGUUUGCACUAUUGUAAAGCCAGAACCUCGGACCAUAAAACCUCAUCAGUUUAGCUCUGGACCACAACCACCUGAAGCUGCUUCCAUGCACGACACAAGUAUUCCUGUGCACAAACCAGACCUUUCAGUCGCCAUGCACAGCUUUACAUCUGAGCCACGUCCUGCAACCUCAGACCUCUGCACAAAACCUGUACGUAAGACACGGUGGACAUCUUCUCCACCCAGCCGCAGGAACAGCAGUUUUGCCAUUAGUUGGGACAGCACCACAGGUCGAGACGCAGCAGCAGGUUCUGACACAACACCUUCCUCCAAUGCCACUGAUUCUCCCAUCAAGAGAGGUGUGAGGAAGCGGAGCCAGCAUCAAGGACCUGAAGAUAUUUACCUUGACGAUCUGAAUGCACUUGAACCUGAUGUUGUUGCCCGUUACUUCCCAAAAAGUGAGUCGGAGCAGGUUCCUAAGCACUGGGUGGAGAUGGGGCGCCGCUUUGGCUCUCAGUCUCCUCAAUCCGUUGGGAGCACAGCAGCAGACAGCGGCACAGAGUGUCUGUCUGACUCUGCUGCUGACCUACCUGACGUCACAUUGUCACUGUGUGGGGGUGUUGGCGAAAACUCUGAGAUCCCUAAAGAAAAAUUCAUGGAACACAUCAUCACCUACAACGAAUUUGCCGAGAAUCCAGCAUUUAUCGACAAUCCUAAUUUGGUGGUUAGAAUUGCAAACAGAUAUUACAACUGGACACUGGCAGCACCUUUGAUACUGAGCAUGCAGGCUUUUCAGAAGAACUUACCAAAGGCAACAGAGGAAGCCUGGGUGAAGGACAAGAUGCCCAAGAAGUCUGGACGCUGGUGGUUCUGGAGAAAGAGUAGUGUGAAACAGGCAGCAGGUAUGAAGUUAGACAGACAGGAGUCUCUCAGUACAGAGAGUUCUACCCUCCAUCAGGCUCCAGAGUCACAGCAGAAACCAGUUGAGUGGUCCAGUGAUGAUGAGUCUAAAGAGCUCAAUGCAACACCCGCAGGGACGUUCACUCAGCGCUUACAGACCCAAGGACCAGCACCAGCCCCGGGGCCAUCCUACAAGAAGUCCCUCCGCCUCUCAUCUGACCACAUAGCCAACCUGAAGCUGAGGGAGGGGCCUAACGAAGUGACUUUUAGCAUAACCACUCAGUACCAGGGGACGUGUCGCUGCCAGGGCACCAUCUACCUCUGGAACUGGGACGACAAGGUUAUAUUCUCUGACAUCGAUGGCACCAUCACCAAGUCAGAUGUGUUUGGACAGAUUUUGCCUCAGCUUGGAAAAGACUGGACUCAUCGGGGUAUUGCGAAACUUUACCACUCAGUCCAUGAAAACGGCUACAGGUUCUUGUACUGCUCAGCCCGAGCUAUCGGCAUGGCAGAUAUGACUCGAGGUUAUUUGCACUGGGUGAACGACCGAGGAACUCUGCUGCCUCAAGGACCCCUCAUGCUCUCUCCCAGCAGCCUCUUCUCUGCCUUCCACAGAGAAAUUAUAGAAAAAAAGCCUGAGAGGUUCAAGAUAGAAUGCUUGACAGACAUCAAGAACUUGUUCGUCCCAAACAUGCAUCCCUUCUACGCUGCCUUUGGAAACAGAGACAGUGAUGUGUUUGCUUACAAGAACGUGGGUGUUCCUGUGUGCCGGAUAUUCACAGUGAACCCUAAAGGCGAGCUCAUCCUCGAACAGGCCAAAGGCAACAAAACAUCAUACACACGUCUGAGUGAGCUGGUGGAGCAGGUUUUCCCUUUACGAAGCACACAGCACAGCGCCACCUUUAGCUGCCCAGAGUUCAGCUCCUUCUCCUUCUGGAGGCAGCCGAUCGCUGAGAUCGGCUUCGAGGAGUUGCUUUGAUUCACACCGACCAAUCCUCAAUCAACAAAUCUGUGACAAAUCAACAUAAACCAGAGGCGCACUUUUUUUUAAUUUUGGUGUCAGAUGACUGUGCUGUUUUAAAAAGUUGUUUGUCGGACAGAACUCAUUGUGUUGUUAAUGUAUUGAAAAAUCCUUAAGUGAACAUAUCCUUAAGUCACAUUUUUUUAAGAAACUGCACUAGUACUUGCACAGACAGUGGAGCAUUGACUUCUCAUAUAUAAUGUGUGGAAAUCUUAACUGGUUCCUCUGAAAUUUGAGGAUUUUGCACUUUUACUGUAAGAAAUAAAACAUUUUCAGUUAAAUCCUCUUAACUGCUGCUUUUCGUGUGGAAAACGUUUUUCAAAAUCGACCAUUUCAAGCUCAGCACUUUAAUAAUGGUUGUUGAUGGUUUGUCGGACUUGUGUUUUAAUUCUGCUGCUAUCCAGCAGAUUUUCUUUUAGCCUCAUGUUUCCUCAUUGCUUUCGUUAAUAUUUUUGUUUAACAGCAGCUGUCGGUAAAACUUUAUUCAUUCUUACUGUAAAGUACGACCUGUGAAAUGAACAAGGUCCCAGGUUUGCCGUGAUAUUGCUGCUGUUUAAGUGUUAACAUCAGAUUAAAAUGUGGUAAGGCGGUUUAUGUAAAUGUCCAACAGUAAGCACAAUGUAUUUGAGAUCAUUUUGCAAAAUUUUGAUACAUUCCAGAAACCAUUCAUCUGUUAGUACGACGAGGAGUCCGAAUGUUAGUGAUGUUCAGAUUGAUACGAUCUCCAAUACCAGAUGUUUAUGCUCUAAAAUCAAUUGUCAAAUUAAAUAUCAAUACUUUUGAUACUUCAUUCAUUUUAGGUAAUGUAUAUCAUUCACAGGAACACAGUGGAAAGUAAGUAAACUUCUGACGUUUUGUCUAAACGACACAUGGUUGGUAUCAAUUAUUGUGGCAUUUAUUUAUUUAAUGAAAUAUUUUACUGGCAAUUUCAAUUUGAGGCACCCAGUAUUAUAAAACAGCAAGUGUUUGUAUCCCCUUAUUGUAGGCUAUUUGGAGAGAUUACAUAGUUAAAUCUAAAUCAGCUAAAGUACUCGGUGCAAAGUAGCCUCAUCAUUUGUUUUUCCCUUUGAUCUUACAUCGUUUGAAGAUGAUUCUCCAAGAGCAGCAACACUCACAAGAUGCCUGGGAGAGAUGACUGCGAAGGAUCUCCAGCCUCUGUCCAUUGUAGAAGACCAAAGUUUCCAAUGAUUUAUGAGAUCUCCUGACCCUAAAUAUAAACUCCCAGGAAGAAAAAACCUGACAGACUCAUCUUGUAAAGAUGUUCGAUGUUGAUGAAUGCAAAGACAGUCAUUCUUUAUGAAGCUAUGAUUUAAAAUGC